AUGUCCCCCUUGUCAGCGGCGACAGCUUCGGCGUCGAGUCCAGCGGUCGCGCGCGCCUCGGCUUCAAAUGCCGAGAAAAGCGCGAGCUCUCCCCAAGGCAGGGGCGAGGACUCAGCACCCACAUCGGGAGCCGGGCGCGCACCAAAGCCGCGUAGCUGCGUCGUAUGCCGGAGCCGAAAGGUCCGCUGCGACAAACAGUCGCCCUGUUCCAACUGUCGUCGAGCCAAUAUCGCUUGUAUCGUUCCGUGCAAAGACCGACCUCCAAGAUGGGCCCGUCGUCUGGCGCAGCCUGCCACAGAAGAUGUCAUGGAGCGACUCCGAGCUCUUGAGAACCUCGUGAGAGACCUCAGCGGCCAAUUAGAGCAGGCUAAUGCCAGGGCUAAUUCAGUGACUGGGAGCUCGACUCACGAUCGAGAUGUCAGCCCUCAGGCGACAGUAUCCCCGACGGAUUCCGUUAAUGUGCAGAAACCGUUUGGGAGGCUUGUUCUUCAGGACGCUAACCAGAGCCGCUACCUUGGUAGCAGUUUCUGGUCUCGCGUCAAUGACGAGUUAGACGAGCUGACGAUGGACAAUGGAAGCCGUCCAGAUGAUGAGUUAGAUACCUCCGAUGAAGAGGAAUGGGCGUUCGGGAAGUCACCGUCCACUCAAGAGCUCGAACGAACUCCUGAAGACCGAAGCGCCUUCAUAUUUCGCCACAACUUGAUGCCUUCCACUCCUGACCUCCGGGAAUUUCACCCGCUUCCCUCCCAAAUACCAUUCCUUCUAGAUAUUUUCUCAGAAAAUGUCAAUAUGUUCAUGCAAGCGGUUCACAAGCCCACGAUCACGAAGAUGAUUCGUGAGUUACGCGGCGACAUGACGGGCCUCACGCCAGCCAAUGAGGCCCUCAUGUUCUCCAUCUAUUAUGCUGCAGUAACCUCCAUGGAGGAAGAAGACGUUGUGAUGAAUUUUGGUUCCACGAAAGCUGAACUUAACCUGAAAUAUCGUCUCGGUCUGGAGCAUGCCCUCGCCAAGGCCGAUUUUCUCAACGUCCCAGAUCUUGUGCUAAUUCAAGCCCUUGCCAAUUUUCUGGCUCUUGCUCGCCGCCAUGAUAGCCCCAGAUUUAUCUGGAUGAUGGUCGGGCUCGCUAUCAGAAUGGCCAUCUCAUUAGGUUUGCACCGGGAUGGAUCUAACUUUGAACAUUUGUCUCCAUUCGAGAUUGAGAUGCGCCGACGGGUUUGGUGGGGCCUCUGCUUGAUUGAUGUUAGAGCAUCGGAAGACCAAGGCACCGACUUUACUAUUGCGGUGGGCAGCUUCGACACCAAAAUCCCACUUAAUAUCGACGAUGGAGAUAUUGGUCCAGAAUCAAAGCAAAUGCCGCCAGAGCGCGAGGGGUUGAGUGAUAUGUCAAUCGCACGCGUCAUCAUCAAAACCUGUGAGCUUUCAAAGGAGAUGUUGAUUCGUGGGCCCAAUGCGCCGAGUUUGGAAGAACAGGAUAAUAUGCUCCAGAAGAUAUACCAAGAGCUGGAUGAGGGCUUUCUUCGUUACUCGACCGAGUCCAACGUAGAAUACUGGGUGAUUGUCACAGUGGCUCGUCUGAUGAUAGCGAAGAUGACCUUAUUUGUUUACCUACCCGUAUUGUUCUCCUCCCCGAGUGAGCAAUUGACCCAACAGCUCAGAACAAAACUGCUUGUCGCGGCACUUGAGGUCGCCGAACACAACCACGCCUUGAAUGCUGAACAGGCUUGCCGGCAAUGGCGCUGGAUCUUCCAGACAUACACCCACUGGCAUGCCAUCAUCUACAUUCUAAUCGAGAUCUCUCGCCGCCCAUGGUCGCCCCUUGUGGAGAGGGCCUGGAUGUCUCUCUACAGCGUUUGGCUCAUCCCGCCUCAGUCGAAAAUGAAGAGCUUGCGAGUGUGGUUUCCUCUACGCAAGUUGAUGGCCAAAGGCGCAAAACAUCGCAAUGCAGAACUCGCCAGGCUGAGUAGAAAUCCAUCCGCUACCGAGCAGCUAGAAGUUGAAUAUCGGAAUAUGCCAGCCCCUUCAAACCCUGGGCUGUUUACGGCUGAGUCCAAUGCCGCAGAUGUAUUCCUGGAGCAGUGGAAGCAAUUGCUUCAAUCUCCGACCGGAAAUAGUCCUUUGUCAUCAAGUGUCUCCGUGCCUUCCGUUGUUGACAAUCAACCGAGACUUGCCACCUCAGGCCGUCUAUCUGGAGGAUUCUCCAUUAUGGAUAGCAACUCCAGCAGUAUGUCUAUGUCAAACACUCAGUCCUGGGAUUUUGAACAUGGCCUUUCACCGCAGCCCGUGACGACUAUUACGAAUUUUGGGUUGUCCACGACGAUGAAUGCUCCUGCGCCUAGGUCAUCGGGAUCAUCAAACGACCCAAUCAUACCAACUACAGUUCCUGAAAUAUCGGGCAGCCAGUUUCCUAACCAACCUGCUGAGGGUGUUGAUAUCCCUUGCCUAUGGACUAACAACCUCUCCGACAAUCUGGACUUGGGGGCAUUUGAUAAUGGUAUGGAUUUGGACAAUGAUAUAGACUGGUAUAACUGGGUGGAAUCUGCCAAGGGGAUGGAAUGGGACAGAGACUCCAGUGGCAAUGUUUGA